CUAACAUGCUAGCCGUGUUAGCCAGGCUUUCCUUGCCCUUUAAUGGUCAACAAUAGGAAUUGCUUAGUCUGUUAGUCAUCUCCAGCGGGAGCCAACAGUGCGUGUGGUUGCUGUUUCCCAUCCUCCUCCACUUCGCUAUAUAAGUGUCAGUAAAGGGGGUCAGAUCACUGUCUGGAACAGCAGCCUACACAUCCUCAAAACGUUUGGGCUUGCUGGAGACCCAACAGAGGAGGUGGCCAACACAAGGAGGUUCAGAGGCUGGACCACUGAUGCAGUGUAUAUGGGCAAUGUCCACAAAGUUGCCAUAGCAACUGACUGCAGGGACUUGCACUUUGUCAAUGUCUCCACAGCCAGUGUAUUUGAGGAUGUCCACCUAUUUGGGUUUCGUAGUGUCCCCACGGCUCUUUGUUACUGGCAUGACGUCCAGUGUCCAGAGCGUUCACCUCUGCUGCUACUGGGGGAUGAAAAGGGAGGAGUCCACCUGAUGUGGUUCCUGAACCCCUCUAAAGGUUUUUUUAAGAGUUCCUCCAAGAAGCCAAACAGCCCACACAGGAUCUUUUUCCCCGACCUGGGUGAGCACAGCACCUUGGUAUCCUACCGUCACAUCCCCAGCAUCCACCAGGAACCGAUCAACAGAGUGAUGUUUGAGCCAAGCGCCAAUGUCAUCAUGACAUCUUCAGAAAGUGACACCACCUCUGUGGUCUUUUUGAGUGUGACACUAAAGCGGGAGCCGUACAUUUGGAAAAUGAAUCAGGGGGCCAAAUGUUUUGACUACAAUGAAUCUCUGCAGCUGAUGGUUACAGGUGGUUGUGACCGAGCAGUCAGACUGUGGACUCGUUUUGUGACCACACGUCCUGUAGCUACACUGCUGGGUCACCAUGCCACGAUACUGGAUGUUGCAAUCUAUCAACCUGUUGAGCAGAUCUUCAGUUACUCCAGAGAUGCUGAGCUGAAGGUUUGGGACAUUUCCACACAUCACUGUUUGAAAACUGUCCACCUGCAUUUCCCAUGCCUGCAGCCAGGUCGAAUCCCAGAACAUGGCAACUUCCCUUUCCUUCUGCUGAGUCCUCCUCUUCCUGAAGAGACACAGCCUCAUUUAGUGGUGGGAUGCAAAGAUUACCUGGCGCUGCUCAGUCUGGCCGAAACAAGGAGAGGAGGGGGCGGAUGGCUGACGGAGGGGGAUGCGGGAAUUGGACCAGAAAUUCAGAGCGGUACGGCUCUCUCCUGUGCUCUGUACAACCCCACCCUGAGACAGGUGGUGACUGGACAUGCCGAUUCAUCUGUGUCUCUGUGGGACGUAGAGACAGGUAGGAGGGGGCUUCAGAUCUUAAAUGCUCAUGGAGAAGAUGAACUCCUCUGCAUGACACUAGACUCUUCCCACAGAAGACUGAUCACUGGGGCUCGCAACGGCACCAUUAAGGUGUGGAACUUACUAAAUGGCCUUAACCUGCACAAGCUGGAGCCUGUCACCAACUCUGAAGUAACCAGGUUGACCUGUCUCCAUGACAACAAGCUGCUGGCUGUGGGAUGGAGCCAGCAGAUCGCUCAGUAUGACAUUGCAGCUGCCAAGGACCUGUAUGUGAGAGCGGACAUGUCAUGGAAGUCCGGCGGCGUCCAUAAGUCAGACAUCCUGGCCGUGUGUCACUGCUCUACUCUGGGGGUCGUUGCCACAGCAAGCCAUGAUGGAGAGGUCAUCAUAUGGAGGCUGGAGACACAAGGACCACUGCUCCACCUGCAGGGAGAGGCACAGGCAGGCUUGUGCGACUCGGUGCCCCCUGUGGACAGCCUCUUGUUCCUUCAGCAUCGAGCUGGCAACAGAAAGUUAAGAAACAGAGGUGUCCUGGUGUCAUCGCAGGCUGGCUGUCUGUCCUUCUGGAGUGUCACCGGACAGACACAGACUUAUGGUCAGUUUUAUGCUCCAGAGCAGCCAGGUGUGCGUGUGUUGAGCCUGAGCUCAGAUCAACCUAAAAACACAAUCCUGGUCUCAGGAGACACAGCAGGCUGGCUUCAGAUAUGGGACAUCUCUCACUAUGCACUGGACAUCCAACAUGAGACAGUCUGUGAACGGCCUACUCUGCUGCAGUGUUGGAAGGCACAUAAGAGAGAGUUAGUAAGUGUGGAAGUCCUCGAGGUGGCUGACAGACUGUUCGUCCUCACAGCCUCGGCUGACGGUUCAGCUGGACUGUGGACAAAGGACGGAGAUCAUGUGGGAUCUUUUGGACGGGAGGUGAUGUGGAAUAUCACUGAUGCAGCUACUUACCGGACGGAGACGCAGGACAACCUGAGGGAAGACGCAGAUGAGGAGAGGACAGAAAGUGACAGUGUGGGGCCUGACAAGGUCAAAGGUCGAGCACAUGACCUUAGCAGCAGUCAAACUUCACAGGAAAAAUGCAGUCCUCAAGCUUCGUGCAGCAGCCCAGCAGAGAACGACCACGAGCAACCUCAGCAACCCAUGUAUCUGUGCGACGACCUGUGCCAGACGGUAGCUUCAUGCCGUGAGAGGAGACGCCUGUUUGAUGACAGUGACCACAGCAAUCACUGUUGAUUGGCUGAGUUCGCCUCAUCACACUCUGGUCCUGCAGGUUUGAGGACAUCCAAUAGUGGCUACCACAAAAAUACUGGUCAGCACACGUGGCUAUAAAAGGCUGGAUCGAUGCUGGAGGAAUGUGACGGCGCAGUUCCACUUCCUUUCGUCUCAGGUGCUGUGGCUACAGCGCGCCAUGGUCAGGCUGCAGUUCUCCAGAAAAGCGUGAUUGAUGGGAAGGGAUAAUGAAAGAGGGAUACAGAGAGGACUACUGCCAUUCUAUUUUAGACACAUAUGAUGGGAAAAAAAAUGAUUUCUUUCAUUUGUGUAUUUGCAUGUCUUUCCCUCUUUCUUCUUUUCUUGUUUCGUCUUAACUGCUGCUUGUAUUUCUCUUGAUCUCUCCCUCUGAUGAGCUUCUUCAUCCUAUCUCUGUCUCUGUCGCUUAAUUGUGACCUUGUCCCUUUAUACUCAGCGUUGUGCUGCCACACUGUGCUCUUGUGGCUUAGACAUGGAAGAGGCUUUUCCUGUAGCUGCCAAUUCAUGUGGACUGACCACUGAGAGGUCAGAAAGGAUGUUAAAAAGACUCCCAUCGAUUCAUCUCACUGCUUUUAAUGUUUUUUGAAGGAGGAAUGUCAGAAAUGCCUUGAUGAUACUGCUCUGUAAACUCUACUACAUAUUUCUGAAAAUUGUUUUCUGAACCUGGAGCUAAAAAGCCUGUUCUUCAUUUCUUUCUUCUGUUUUACUUAUUCCUUUUUCCAAGAGAUGCAUCCACUGCAGAUUUACCUAUAAUCCCCCAGGUGUGGUAGCAGACUGGCAACACAGGGCUGGGUGCACAGCAUCUGGAAGGAAAAAUGAGCUACCUACCUGUUCAGUCAGAUAUAUGUGAAAAUACAAACUUGGACAAUGUUUUCCCCCUUUCCUCUUGUUUUAUGGAGUUCUAAAUUUAAUCUAUCUGUUACAUAUGUUAAAUAAAUACUGUGGUUUUAGGAUUUUUCUCCUGCAGAACAGGCCUGUGAUAUAUACUGCACUGUCUUUUCUGCAGUGUAUGUACUGUCUUUUCCCCCACAUGGUCUUUCUCUUGCUUUUAGCUUUUUUCUUAUUCUGUUAGGUUCACUCCAAACUCUGCUUAUAGUUCCUGAUGUUUGGUCCAUCUCUUACUAAUACCAUAUCUUCUUGAAGACACUGUUUUUACUUUUUGGAAAUACUAAACAUGAGCUAGGCAGCAGUCAGUUAGCUUAGCUUAGCAUAAAGACUGGAGACGGGGAGAAAAAGCCAGCCUGACUGUUAAGAAAAUCAGAAAAAUCAACCAAUCAGUACCUCUAACACCCAGUCAUGAACACAUUAUAUGUUGUGUUUAAUUCCCAUAAAAUCAUAUUUUUGUUUGCAGUGCUAAGCUAAGUUAACCAGGGUGCUGGCUGUAGGUUUAUAUUUAAUGACAGACGUGAGUGGUAUUUAUUUAUCUUGUCAUGUCACUCUCUACUAGACACAAAAUAAGGGUAUUUACCAAAAUGCUGAACCUCAGCUUUAAAAUCAUUUUUAGCUGUGCAUGCUCCCUUUGUCUUUGUGCAACAGCAGCUUCACAUUACCCCAAUUGUUGUAGUUCUUUUAUCAGCAGAGUGAAAUUUCCUGUUAUGUGAGACUUCUGGGUCAUGCAGACAGACAUCUAGACAGACAGACAUCUGAGCCAUCUCACUCACUUAUCUCAACACAAGCCACCCUGUACUUAUCAUCACAGCUCUGCUGAAUUGCACAAAUUGGUGACGCAAGAUUCAGUGCUCUAUUUCUGUUUGCUUUCUUUCCAUAUUCGAUUCUGAAACCUCUUUGCAUGUUCUCGCCCGGUCAUCCCUAAAAACCGGGUUAUUUUAAGCACCCGUCUGGAUGUUUUAGUUGGGGGGGGGCAAGCACAGAGCCCUUUCUCGAGUUUGUUUCUCAGGGAUAAAUACAAACAGACACAGCUGGGACAAACAGGGUAAGUCAUCAAGACUGCACUUUUGCCCCUGUAGACAUCUUUAAGCAUUAUUGAAUUUCACCAAAUAUGUUGUGUUGUCAGAAAUCUCAUUUGUCUGCUGCUGAACACAGAUGGUUUGAUGUUAUAUUUGUGAUUAAAUUUUCAACCAAAAGUACACAUCUUUACCUUUGUUUGUGCUAUGAAAUAAAAACUAAAUGACAGACUCUUACAUACUUGAGCAUUUUGCAGUUUUUUGUCCCUCAGGAGCUACAGCGGGACAUUUAAUCGUGGGAUUUUUUUGCCUUAAAAGUCACUUUGAAAAUACAGUUUCAGAAAGACCAUGUACAACAAACAGAAACUUAAAUGGAAAGCUCAUUCAGUUGUGAAAAAUAUGGCCUCUGCUUGUCUAAAAGCAGAUUUUUUUUACAUGCAUUUG